AUGUCCUACAAUACUCCUGAGCAGAGCUCCUCAACCUCAGCAUCAUCCCAGCCCAUGAUUUCCAAGCAACAGCAACAACAAGGAUCGCGCUCCAGCACGUCCGAGCCUAUCCCGAUCCCGAGCACCAAGCAGGACGGUGGUUCUUCUUGCAAAGCCCAGAAUUCGACCGAACAGAACCGACAUGCACAUGCACGCCGCAUGACCCUCGACGGCGGAAGCACCCUCUACGGCCGUGAUGUUCACGGCGCCGGUCUCUGUGAGAAUUGCAUGAGUCUUGCGCCGGGAGAACUCUGUCGACAUUGCGCCUAUUGUCGGCGUUGCUGUCAGUGUAUCGGAGACGGUGGCAAUGAUAGCACGAUGAAGGCUAACUAG